AUGACCUCCGCUCUCUGCAGAUACCCGAGUUGCGCUCAGAAAAACUUUUUGGAAACCCUGGGAGUGUGCGAUCCGGGCAGCGUGCCCCUUUUUGAAAUCCAACACGUCGGUGUCGAGCACUCCGCUGUGGAACAGAGGCACCUUGGGUCUGGUGCCUACGGCUGCACGUGCGCACAUGGUGACCAAAAGGAAGGGUCGCUAUGUUGCAACCGGCGUGACAGCCAAAGGGAAGGCCAGGACGGAGAAGCGAACUUGGCGAACAUGCUGCGCGCGAAGGAGGCAGCUCUCGCUGUCCGCGAAGCAACCGUCGCCGCUCGCGAGGCCGCGAUGGCGGAGGCAGAGAAGGCAGCCCAGGAGAAGCAGCAGCAGCAAGGACCCGAAGUGGACACACGUACGCCCGAGCAAGAGGCGCGCGAGCAACAAGCUGCCCAGCAGCGUGACGACUUGGCCCCCAAGACAGGCUCCCUUCUGGACAUUUCACAGUCUCGUAGUAUACUCCUCACGUAUUUCGAGCUGGUGCAGUCAGGCGUCGAGCCGAACAAGGCUGUUCAACGGACCGCCGCAACUCUUCGCGUCGGCAAGGACAAGGUGUUCAAGGUUCGCGCUCAUUGGUGGGAGAAGACCGAAUUGUUGGCAUCAUCAGCGGAAGGAAGAGGUGUGUCGAGCGGGAAGGACGGGCGAAAGCUUCUUGACGACGUGCAGUGCGCCAGCCUUCGUGCUUUCAUCAGCGACAAACACGAGAACGGGCAGCAAGUGUUCCGACGCACGGUGCGCGAGUGGAUCAAGGAGAGAUGCAACAAGGACCUUUCUAACCGAGCGGUAGGCGGGCUGUUGUACAGGAUUGGGUACAGACGCCGUCGAGGAAGGAUCAAAAUCCCACCUCUCAACGACGACAGAAAGGCGCGCAUUCGUCGCUUUCUUGUCGAGAUGUCUGCUGCUCUCACUCAAGAAGAGAAAGAGGAGGCGGUCAUUGUGUACAUGGAUGAAAGCUUUUGUCAUCAGUUGCACGGGUCUGCUUACUCUUACUUUCUCACCGAUGACAAUGGAGUAGUGCAGGAUGGGAUGGGACGUACGUCUGGGAAGGGCUUGCGGAUGAUCAUGGUGCAUGCGAUAACCAAGGGGGGGGCGUUGGCAGCAGUGGAUGAAAACAACUUCCCAAUUCCUGAAGGUUGGUUCAAGCCCAAGGACAAGGGCAAGGGCAGGCAGGGGGCGGGGUCGAUGGGUACGGAAGAAACCGCAGAGAUGCUGUGGCAGGCUAAACGUGCCACGGGGGAUUACCACGAUGCAAUGACAGACAAGAUGUUCAUGGAAUGGCUUGAACGGCGCCUGGCACCGGCCUUUAAGGCCAAGUAUGGCAACAAGAAGAUGAUUUUUGUUCUCGAUAACGCAUCGUACCACCACGGGUAUGACGCAGAGGUGGGGGUGCCUGAAAGCAACAGUAAGGGGUACAACACUGGGCUUUUGCGCAAGUACAAGUGCAGGAAGAUCACCGUGGAGCGAGAGGUGACCGGUAGCGCAGGUGUACGGAGCAAGACGUAUACCUUCCAGGUACCAGCCACUGGAACGUUUCCCCAGGCGAAUUCGAAGUGCGGUAAGGGCGUUAGCGGCCCCGAGGUAGCUCUGGCAACGCGAGCGUUCUUUCAGCUCAAGCAUCCCACGAAGCUCAUGGAGAAAGUGGAGACGUUCAUGAACGGGCGUGGUUGGCGGCUGAUUUGGACCCCCCCGUAUAUGCCGAGUUUCCAGCCGAUCGAACUGUUUUGGCAGCACGGCAAGCAGUAUGUGAGCUUCAACUUUAAGACGAAGCGCACGAUGGCAGAGGUUUGGGCGCAGGUUCGGAAAGGGUGGUACGGAGAUCCCACGUGGGAAGGGCAGGAGGGGGGUUGGAAACCGGCGGACUGUAGCAAGCUCGUUGCACACGCCGUUAAGGAGAUGAACAAGUGGGUUGCGAGUGACCCUGUUCUCAGGGGUCAGAUGGGCGCUCUUGAAGAGAUUCCCGAGUCGUACGAAGAUGAUGCUCCUGGGCACAACGACAUCGUACACGAUGAUGGCGUCGAGGCCCAGGAGCAGCUUGAGUUGUCUGCCGAAUUUAUGGAGUGUAUGGGUGACGAGGAUGCCGACGGCGAUGCAGAGGUGUAGUCUAGACAUCAAAGAGAUUGAAAUUGGUUUUGUUGCGUUGGAUUAUUGGCGUGUUGACGUUUGCUUUCAGCACCUGUAUCAUGUAGGGGUCCUCUCCCCUGAGUCAAUAUGGUGUUUUGAGUUAUUACAUGCUGCAGAUUCCAACGGAAUGGCAGUUUUUAUGUUUUCAUUCGUUCUGUGUGGUGUCUUCAGCUCAAUCGUCAAUGAUCAAGGUUGACGUGUUGCGGUCGAUAAUACAUGAUAAUUCUUAAACAUCAACAACAUCUCAUUCAGCAUUUCUUUUCUCGCAUGGCGAUCCCAGUGAUGCGGUUCGUUUGAGCUCUGUGGGUGGUGGACAUAAGCAGCCAUUUGCUCAAGAUAUCAAACAACCUGGGCGAAAUAUUCCGCCGCCGCCAAGGCCGAAAUUCGACACAUGUGGCGAUGUCUCUUCGGGAAGAACUUUGUUUUUUGUAUUUUUUUUUUUCAUGAU